GGAGGGAAACUCACUAUAAAAAAUAAAAAAAUACCCGAAAAAAACAGACGAAAUGGCGGUAAUAAUAUCUAGCAACUUCUACACCAUUACCAAUCAUCCAAACCUCCAUAACCAUAUCCAAAGAAGCUUCCAAACUACCACCAAAAACUCCAAUCUCUCUCCUCUUCAUCAUCAUCAUCAUCAUCUUCGUCGUUGCAGAUUACGCGCAUCAUCAAACCCUAGCGAUUACGAAGCAGAAGAACAACGAUGGCUUCGAGAAGAACAUAGAUGGUUAAGAGAAGAACAACGAUGGCUUCGCGAAGAAGCUCGCUGGAAUUCCGAACGACAAUCUUUGUUACGCCAGAUUUCCGAAUUAUCGCUUCAAAUUCAACAUUUGCAGUCGGAAUUGGAUGAUUUUCGUAGUAAUCGAUCGAAUUCUGCUGAUUUUGAGGUUACUACUCCGACAAAAAUGGCGGCUCUUUUGGAAGCUAAGAAUUCUAAUCAGAUUCUUGAUUUUUCUGGUAGUGAGUUGAAUUCUGAGGUGGAAUCUGUGAAUUUGGAUUCUGGUUCUGAUAUUUCGACUGUGAAUUCGCCGGAAAGUGAGAUGAAGGAGGAGACGAAGCCAUUAGAGAAGGCGAAAUCGAGUUCGAUUUCGAGUUGGAGUACUAGUUUGAGAAUUGGAUGCGAAGGUGAAGAAGUUCGUGCUAUGCAGGAUGCAUUGAUGAAAUUAGGGUUUUAUUCUGGAGAGGAGGACAUGGAGUUUAGUUAUUUCUCUACUGAUACUGAGAGAGCUGUUAAAACUUGGCAAGCUUCAAUUGGCAUUCGCGAGGAUGGGAUUAUGACUAUUGAGCUGCUUGAUCAAUUGUAUGCGCCUCAACAGAUUUCGAGUCCUAAAACACAAGUCAAGGCUGAUAUCCCAAAAGACAAAGCAAAUGGGGCUCCUAUCAAAGUCAAAGAAGUUCAGCAGACAGUUGCAAAGAAAGUGCCAACUGAUGUGGGUAUUCCUGAACACCGAGUAUUUCUUCUAGGUGAGAAUCGGUGGGAGGAGCCUUCCAGGCUAAAUAAAGGAAAUGAUAAGUUGGGUGGCGGAAAAUCAUCUGCACCAAAAUGCCUCAGUUGUCGAGGGGAGGGUCGUCUAUUGUGCAUGGAGUGUGAUGGAACGGGAGAUUCACAAGUCGAGGAACAGCAGUUUUUGGAUUGGGUGGACGGAGGAGCAAAAUGCCCAUAUUGUGAAGGCCUUGGAUACACUGACUGUGAUAUUUGUGAAGGGAAAGGUACUGCCUAGUUGCAGUAUGGAGUAUUUGGACCCUUCGCAGUUUUGCCCAACCAGCUCUUAAUUUGGAGCAAGGUGAAGAGAUAUUGGGCUUUAUAUAAGUGCUGAUUGCCUGACUGCCUGAGGAGACAGGAGCUGUCCAUGGUCCUCCAUACAGAAGAUGCAUAAAAAAGGUAGGAGCAAAUGGUAAAGAGUGAUGAAGGAAUUGAUGUGGGAGAAACAUUUUGGGUUGGAGAUAGUACAUUACUAUCAAGUCCACAUGUAUAUAUUUUUAUUUUUGUUACAUCUAUUUAUGACUGUACCCAACGGAAUGUCAGAAUAAUGAAGAUGUCAAGGUCCACUGAAAUCAAUAGUUAUAGAGACCAUGUUAAUACUCCGUAGUUCGUACUCCACAGUAGAGCUACUACAGCAGCUAACAUGUUGACCAUAAGCUGUUGAAACAGACCCGCCAAAGUUGAUUAGAUUAUCUUGAACAUUUCAUGCAUUAUGAAUUUUACGAUGAUACUUUUCAAAUGUGUUUUGUGUACAUCGUAUACCGUCUUAUCCAGCUUUGGCUAAAAGGUUUUUUUUUAGACAAGGGGGGCUAGAAUAUGACACAACCAUCUUGUGAACUCUUACAUGAUUUUGGUUCAAAAGUAAAGUGUCUAACUGUCAUACCAAUACCUGAGUAUUGAAUACGGGGCUUCACACAUGGAUAUUUGAGGUGAAAUGAAGAGUCAAGUGAUGUAGCUGUAAACUAAACAUAACUAAGUGGGCGCUGUAACUGGUCAGUCUUCAGAUUUUUUUCUUUGGAUGUCUAUGCUACAAGAGCUUAUCACAAGUACCAUUAGAAUUUUGUUGUGAAUUUUAAUUAAAAACCUUGACUAAGUUUGUGCUACCUAUGCUUGUUAAAUGUGCUGAUAUUGUUCUCUAAGUUUUCUUUUUCACAAAAUAAUCUUCACUGUAGGUCUGCAUAAUUCUUGUAAAAUGUGCAGUUUUUGCUACUUCCAGUCUCAGUCUUGUACAUAUAGUCAUAUAUCAUUAUAUGGGCUACAAUAAGGAUUUUCUUCUAUGGUAUGUGAGUCUGUCAACUCCUAAAGUUUUUCCUGGUUCCUUUUUUUUUUUUUUUUUUUUUUUUUUUUUUUUUGGCUAUCUGCGCUUGAAUAACUAAAAAAACUGUCAUAAAACUGUUAUAUCCCCAAGGAGGCAGGAAAAAAUGGAGUAUUUUGUGCUACCUGUGGUUUGGAUACUCCUCAGGUUUAUACUGCUAUAACUCUGUACUGAUGUACCAACCUUAAUUAACUCGU